ACCGUGGAUGAACUACGGGCAGUUACAGAUACAUUUGUGGAGCAGCUGGACUUGGUGGACAGCCAAGAAGUCAGAGGACUGUUAGAAAAACACAUCGUGGAGGUGGACUGUAUUCAAACUCAAUUACACUGCUCUCUAGCAUCAGUGUCAACUAGGAUAAGGGACCAGGGAGAUCAAUCUACCCGAAUCAAUAAGCUGACAAGCCAACUCCAGUCACUAGAAGAACGGCCUGCACCAUAUACCAAAGCCGGCCUUAGUAUUGCGGAUGUGAUGGGAAUCGCUACGCUGGAUCAAGUGACCAAUUCGAGAAGACAAAGUCUGGAAAACGAAUUGACCGAACUGCUAUCACAAUGUGAAACGCACCAUUCGGGAGGAUAUUUGUCCAAUGAACUGAAGGGAUUACGAAGCAAAGCUCAAAGGCAUGACACCAUGUCACCAACUGAUAGUACCGGUCGAAAUUCGCAAGACGCCUUCCCGUAUGUUGUAUGGACAGAAGCACGUCAGGAAUGGUUUGAGCAAUUGAAAAGGCUUCGGCAACUGCUUCACAGGCCUUGGAGGCUUGAACUCAGUAGUAAUGUUGCCGAGGAUUUGGAUCUCGCGGGUCUAAAGUAUCCAGAGCCGGAAAAGGUGGAUGAGAACCUGCUUGAAAAAAGGAUGCUGCAGCUGCAGAACUAUCAAAAAUCAUGCAGAAUUCUGGGUGGACAAGAGUAUGACAUCCUUCUGCAACGGAGCAUGCCGAUUCGAUCAAAUUGCACUGCGGAUGGAUCCAUGUUGAUGGACGAAUAUUUACAAGUAAAUGCCCUUGAACUUGGGACUCGCGUUAUGAGAUCCGAGUUUGAGGUACUUCGGUUGCUACAGGCUCAGGCGGAAGAAGAACAUACACGUCUGGUUUGUGAGCAGAUUGGACCAUUUGUCGAUGAUGAGAAGAACCUGAACUGUCUGGAAGAUGUCGAGGUCUGUUACGGCGUUGCGCAAUUCUGGCUACGUUUGACUCACCAAUGGAUACGUGAUAGCCAGGUCAUCUUAGAUAAGACCGAUGCCAUCUCAAACACGAUAAAUACCAGCGAAAAGUCCGCAUCGGAUGAUACGUAUCAAUUGAUCUCCACUGAAAACAGCAUUGCAUUGUGGACGGAUGGGGCAGAAAAGCUAGAACGGUGUGUGUCAGUUGGGCAUGAAAUGCUUCUUUCUUCCAUUAUCCGCAUUCUACUUUUAUCGCAAGUAACAACACUUGGAAAACUGCUUGAAAAACUCGAGACUGCUUCUUCCAUGGAUGCUUUACACGGCCCACCGUCAUCUGAUGUGGAAUGCCAUCUUGCAGCAACUUUGAACAGCCUGUCGGAUGCGCUCGAACAGACUACCACUUGGUUUGCUGAGCUUGGAAAACUGCUUGGAAAACUCGAGACUGCUUCUUCCAUGGAUGCUUUACACGGCCCACCGUCGUCUGAUGUGGAAUGCCAUCUUGCAGCAACUUUGAACAGCCUGUCGGAUGCGAUCGAACAGACUACCACUUGGUUUGCUGAGGCCCACGGGGAAGAAACUGACAUCGCCGAAUCCAGCUCUACUAUUGUUCAAACUCAAAACACUCAUUUGUGUCAACUCAACUCACUGAGAAAGGAUCUCAGUGAUCUUGCCAUCGAAAUGCAAUCUUCCAUAUCCUGUCCAACUCUAUUGAGACAAUCGUCGAUGAACACACUUACAAAGGAGAGCAGGGAUGACACUGAAGAACGGACAAAUCCAUGCAACUGGAACAGAGCGGACCAAGAUUCAUCCAGUCGGUAUCUGAAAUCGCGCAUACUAGAGUCAAGACAGCAUUUGCACAGAGCUGUGCAGGAGCUGAACACACAUGUAAUGUCAGUGUCCUCGGAUAGUUGGUGCCAUCCCGACUCAGAAGCCAUUGAAUUACCGGGCAUGCCGGAUAGGAUACCGACUGAGAGUUGUGUCAGCAGCUACAGAGACUUUGCGGCUUAUCUCGAAGUCGAAAUCACCCAGAACGCUGCAUGCAUUGAGAUAGAAGAGUAUUCGAACAGCAGCAGACGGCCGAUCCAAAUCAAACAUCUCCUUGACUUAAUGUGGUCGAAGCUUCACGAUCAUCUCAAGGUCAUUGUCCAGUUGGAAGAAACCAAUCAGAAUACUGCCGGUGUUCAAGCGGUUAGGCUUAUGGUAUCAGACUAUUCGGAACCAUACGCAACCCAUGACCCUAGUGGUAAUUUGCUCAAGAUGAGCAGUGAAUCACUUUCAAGGCUUCGACGUCUGUUGGAUGAUGACAAGAUUCAAAACGAGGAGAUGGGUUUUUCCUCAAAGUUGUGCAUUGAGGUCACUCUGUUCCAAACAGUGUGUGCUCUUCUGGAUGCCGUCUUGUCCAAUCCAGCUUGGAAUUUUUUGCAGCGGGUUGAGAAUGCCGCAGUUGAAAGGCUACUUCUGCUUGAAUUUAUUCAUGAGCUUCUGGGUCUCAAUAUGACAUCCACCUUGGAGGAAAUUCAAAACACGGAUAGCCAAGAUCUUAAGCAAAUUUCGGAAAGUUUGGAUAAAGUGAUCGGUCUUUGUGAUACAUUUGUCAAUCACACUGCGGAAGGUUCGGAAACCUUCGUCUUUCCGGGACUGAUGUCUUUACCAGUCUUAUUUCAUCGGACUAUGAAGAAACUCGCAGAACGGCACAAUGCAGUGAGAGAUUUUCACACUCCCGUUGAGAGUGAUAGUCAGACUGAGGUCAGGCUGGCUGUCUUAACAAUGACAUGUAGUCAGCUUCGUAGGUUUUGCACUUCGGUCAAGGAGUGUAUGAGCAGCCGCAAAGUUUCAUCCACAAAACAUCCAUGUCGACUGGCGUGGCAACCUUAUUCAACCACGGAGGACAUGACAACGAGAGUAGCAUAUCUUUCUGACUGUCUUGUGCAAAUUAUGAAUCUCGUGAGACAAUUGAUGAGAACCCCCGUCAGAUCCAUGGAACAUUUGGCAGAGCAACAUCAGAACUGCAUGAUGAUUUCAUCGAAGCUGGCCUGGGACGUUGUGAAGGCCACAUGCUUGUGUUGUUCCGUGGGAUCUGUACUUCAGGACGAGCAAGAACUUUCAGAGUGUAGGCUUUCGAUCGAUCAUUCGAAUGUGCUACCCAAGGCCAUCAAUAAUUUGAUUAACCGAAUGGUCAUCCGGUCAGGAAAGGUGUACGGUCUUCAGCAAUGGUGGGAACAACUUUCACAACAAACCCAAUGCUUUAACGAAGCCACAUCAAAACUGUGUGACCAAUUGCCUGGUUAUCCCGUAGAAUUGGCACCUGUGAUUCAUCUCACGUUCAUUGAAUGGAUGAACGAAGAACUGACGACAUCCCAUCAAACAUUGGGACUGCCCAGUCCAUCAAGUGUGGUUCAUCGUAUGCUAAGUUCAUCUCAGGCACUGGAUCAGAUAUUAAAGCAACAAGAUCUGAUUCGAGGCUUCGUUUGGAGAUUGUGGGAGUUGGACGGGAUAGGGGAUGAGUUGAUUAUCCAACUCCGGCGGUUUCACUCCCAUUUGGCAACAUUUGAACCUCGGUUUCCAGUUCGCGAUUCGUUCCACCUAAUAAACUGGAAUGCUCGAUUUUCGGCUGAAUGGACUCGCCUCAUACGUUGGACAAAAGAUUUGUUCGUGAAAUUGACGGAGUGCAUUCACUCUGUCAGGUGGCUUGAAGAUCGGAUAAUCAUGUUUGAGACAAAGGUGAAAUCAAGUCAGCGUUGGUUGCCACAAAAUUCUGAAAUGUGUAUGGAUCAAGAGGUUGAUGUUGAGGCGCUCAACUCCAAGUUGAAGCACUUGGAGUUGAUUUAUUCCGAGGUGACUGGGUCACAUGCUACUCAGCUGGAGUAUUCAGACUCUGGUAUUUUGCUUCCCACUAGCUCUGUGGAGACCCACUCGUUGCUAGACAUUCUUGCUGGCAAAAGAGACCAGGCCUACACUAUGCAUAAUUCGUUGAAACGCGCGCUAGAAGAACGAAUGAGUGAAUUGUGCGGUAGUCUGGCAACGCUUGUGGAGGAUCCGGAGAUCGAUAGCUUCUCCUUACUUCAGAGGUGGUUUUUGAUUCACUUGACAAAUAUGGAUCAACAACAACCGGGGAAUCAGCUUAUAGAUAAGAUAGAUAGGUUGAGAGGGAACCUUCACAUUUGGAAAAAUGCGUAUGAAAAACUAAACAGGCGUUUUCCUGUCCUUGUGCAGUUUCUCAAGGUUCACACGAGCACUACAAAAGAAGCCCUCUAUAGGCUUCACGAGACGUGGUUCGCUUUGAUGGAAGUAGCGGAAGGCGCUCGGGAGAGGUUGUUGGCAAAGUGUAUCCGAUAUGAAGAACUCCAGAGACACAUAAGACUGUUGGAAUAUGAAGCGGAAGAAUUUUGUCGGUACAACCAAUCCGGUGACUUGUUGCAAUACUCGGACAAAAGUGACUGUUUGAUGCAAUAUGGUUUCGCGGUGCAGAAGCGCAAACGGGAACGCCUUGCGGAACUUUUUUCCCGUCUGGACAAGUUAAAGGAAGAAGUUACGCUGUUUGCAACGGAUACGUUGAGAUUCACCUUGCCAGCUUAUGAAACUUGUGAGCAACACGUAGUCGAAUACCAAAUGAAUCUGUUAGACUUACCAGGUCAAGUGCAGAGGAUCCAGGAUAAGUUGAAUGAGUUAAAUCUCGAUCUGUCAAUGAAUGAAGACUCGGUCGACGAGUGGAAUCAAUUGAAUCAGCAACAGUUGCAGCUUUUCCAUGGCGUUGGAGAGCUAGAAUUUUUAAUACAGUGUGCUUUCGCUCAUCACCCGAUAGCGAUCACGGAGAAGGAGAAAGCGAACUAUUUUGGCUGUCUACUGAACUCAGUUGGCUUUCUGCAACAGAAGAUUUCCGAGCGGAUGCGCGUAUGGUUUGCAGCUAUGGAAACGGGUUGUAGUCCAUGGAGAGCGUGCGGGACGCUGGACUUCUAUUCACAGUACAUGGCUAAAUGUCAGCAUUUCAUCGAUCAGUUGGCAAAACUCAAAAGCGCCAACUUGAUUCACUCCCAAAUGCAUCAGUUGUAUACAACUAACAAGGAGUUUGCCUGCCUCUUCCCCUCUCAACAGUUUCUCCUUCAUCGUAUGGCUUUGUGUGAAGCGAGUCGAGUCAGAGUCGUGGAAAGAGCCGAAGCUGCUCAGGUGCACCUGUGUAACAUGAUGCAACAGACACGCAUCCUUAUGCGUGGUUGUCUGGUAAGCCAACGUGUGCUAGAAUUUUGUCAACGAAAAAGUGUCACAGACUUGGCAGGAAGGUACAACGAAGACGGGAGUUGUAACCCAAAGCCAGGUAUCACAGAUGUCUUCGACUUCUUAGCUGACUACCAUGUACUCUCGAACCUAUCCGGGGAAAUGGGGUUGGAGAAAAAAGGAGGAGAUGCCGACGGUCCGAAGGACGCGCCUGGUCUUGACGAGUGGUGCGCUCUGGAGCUGGACCGCGUUCAACAACAAAUCUGUCAGACUCGUGAUCUAGUGGGUUUGGUGGUAAUGCACAAACAGCAACAACGACUACGGUGGGCGCAGACGCAGCAUAUUAUUGGGAAUAUGACGUGGGCGCAGACGCAGCAUAUUAUUGGGAACAUGAACAAUCAGCUACACAAACCGUCGACUUCUCUAACGCUGCGAAUGAAGUUGUUAUCAGUUCUUAUUCAAUUAAACCCCUACCUCUCGCCGUUAUCGAUGGCUCGAUGGUUAGAAAAUUGUCCCGACCGGCCUUUAGCUACCUCAUGUAACCGAGAAGAUGGGGUUAGCUUUUUCGACCGAUUAUUCCGGCUUGAGAAUGCCUUGAAGUCCAUUGAUGAACAACGAGAACCACAGGUCAGUGGACCUCAGGAGGUAAUUGUUUCACCAGAAGUUGUAGACACGGGGGACUGGAACUUGAGCAGCAUUGUCGAUGCAUAUUCCAAGCAAAUGACGAUCUGGCCUCAAAUACUCAGCUGCACCAAAUUGGCAAUCAAGAUGGUAGUACAUGGUGAUGACUGCGCAGCUAAACACUUACUGCCACUUUUGAGCCGCUUGCUGGAUGUGAAUAACCGGCUGUUUCAAUGUACUACUGUGGUGGAGAAUAUUCUCGAACAAUGGUUCCAUUUCCUCUACCUUCGAUCGCAAGUUUCCAAUCAAAUUCUGGACAACGAGCUCGAACGCUUUAGAACAAGAUUAGAAGAUAAAAAUGUGAACACUUUUGAAGCCGACGGCAGCAUUGCAGAUCAACUGAAAAUGUUGGAGGGCUAUGAAUCGUCGUUUGGUCAGUUGUGCAAUCUAGACGAAUACAUUUUAAUACCUCCAAGUUCAACCGAAGAUGGUCAUCCUCGGUUGUUCUCUGACCCCGUUUGCGUUCGGUGGAGGUUGCAACAAAAGCUCAUCACUGAGUCUUCGGAAGCUGGUGAAUGUUACCGUGCUCAUCUGACGCGCAUUGAUGCUAAAAUACUUGAUGCUUUUGGUUUAUUGCGUGACCUCACUAUCGCAACCCAUGACCUUUCCAAGCGAGAUACAGAAAUGCUUCAGGAACACUCCAACGUUCUUAGAGAAUCGUGGGUGUUGGUAAAAGAAUUUUAUACGGGCUUUGGACACGCUGCGGCGUCGGAUCGUGUUACACAUAUCAGCACAUCUUCCCCUGUCGUGUUUGGUGUUCAGUUGACCCUAGUGGACUUGCUGUUGUUAUGGUGUAAUAUCCUAAACACCACUUUGCAUCAGGCGGUCCUCAGCCAACAGCAAUUUGUUGAAAUGCGAUGCGGACUGCGGGCCAUGCUGGAUAAACUGUCAAUCGUCCCAGGUUCCGGCUGCAAUGCACUUUCGGUUCUCCCUGAUCCUACUGCUUCGUCCCCGUUCACAUCAAAUCGGAGUCACAUUGAAGGCAUUAGUGUACCCCAUCUUGGUUGGAUGUUAACACAAACAGAACUUCAAUCGGCUCGCUUCCAGGAGCGGAUUGACUAUGAAUUGAGUCGAAAUCUGGGCUGGAUAAAACUGCUCAGCUUAGCUGCCAGCGACCGAAACACACAGAUGGACUUAUCUGUGCUGACGGAUACGGCACGGCGAGUUCGUUCCGAACGCGCGGCUUUGUUGUGUUACUCAAGCUAUGAAAAGAAGCGCAGCAGAAUAGCAAAUGGGGUACUACAACAAGCACGCUUACUUUUGCCCCAAAUACAUCGGCAGUUAGAUCGCUACCAGCACCACGCGCGUAUCUCCAACACAUCACUUCUUCAACAAAACAGCUUACAGUUACUGCUCAAACGGACUUUUAUGCAAUAUCUCAGAACGGGACUACUGCGAAUGCCGUCACCAACCGGAAGUGCAGAAAUCUAUCAAGAUUUUGCGGUUCGUUUAGAAAGUGCUUUUGAACGCAGCAUUUUGGAGUUGCUGAAAAUAACCCGCUUGGGGAGACAAUCCACAUCAGUCACAAUAAGCAAGUCUGAUAGUUGCAGUAACUUGGAUGUUAACUGGUCAAGUCCUAUAGAUGACUGGUUGAAGAGAAUAGACGCAAUGGAAUCAUCAAAAGAAGAAAACCUGGUCGAAUGUAUCCCGGAAUGGCUAACAGACAUUAAACAAAUGUUGGCCGAAUCGUCAACAGUUAAGGUUGAGCAAAUUUCGGAAAACCAUGGAAACCCGUCUGAGAAGCUGCAGCGCAGACGACGGCGUGGUCCCAGCCCCGGAAAAAUCCGGGUUGGAUUACAGAACAAGUUGGAGCAAGUAGUCACAAAGCUCAGGAGUCUAUUACGGCGCGGCAGCGAAAUAAGUUCCCGCUUAAGGCACAACCAAGACUGGAAGAGUUCCAUUGACCACUUGACCCGCAUGGGUCGCACAACUUUAGCGAAGAGGAUGAGACGCGACCAGAUAAAAAAACUUCGAGUACUUCAGGACCUGCGUUUAGAAUUUGAGCAGGUUGAAAGGGACUGGGUGAAGCGCACCUGGAUGUCUGGUGGAAAUAUUGACAUUGAAAUUACAGUUUUGGCACAACGCCUGAAAUCGAUCAUGAAUUUUGGGCAUUCUUUAUGCGUGAAACUUGAACAAGAACUCUCUAUGGUGAUUCAAGAGGAUAACCUUCCUUCCCAUGACUGGGACAAUUCUAUUCACUCAAGUGAUACGAAAUCCUGCACUCUUUGUUCUGCGAUCGCCGAAUUUGAUGAGUCUCCUCUCAUAUUCCAUCAUAUUCCAAACGAUCGUCUCGAACAUGUUCAAACUCCAACUGUGAAUCGAACGCAGCAGACACAUGCUUUACCUGGUAUGAUUAUUACAUUCCCUCGGAACUCUGUGGAAGAUUCCAACAUUCCCGGAUGCAAACAAGCUCAUACGUUACGUGCUGGUAGACCAACCGUGAACAGCUCUGUCCCUCUGGUAAAGGCCUCCGAAACCCUUUGUUUUGGGCCAUUUUACGAAGAAAUCGGUAAAAACGACAAUGAAAUUUCCAUGGUGGCUGACAAAAUUUUUCGCUGCAAGCACUGCCGCACUGAUACUAAACUACAUAUGAUCAGUCCACAACAGCUCCAUUCCCAGGAACCUCCUAUACCCAUGUUCAACAAAUCUAUGACCGGUUUGCCUCAUUCAACUCGGUCCGGACAUAAGGUGCAUCAAUGCAGGCUACAACAGUGGUCGCCACAUUCCACCACUCGACUGCAUCGUCAUCGUAGUGUUGGUUCACUUGAUGAAUUGAACAAAGGCGCAACCAGGUGUUACUCAUUCAGCUCUAAAGCCUACUCCACCUUGAACCCCAGUCAAGAAACGUCGUGUUCAGUCCCACCGUACCGUGCGCUAUAUUAUUGUGAUGAUAACUGUCUGGAAGAACCCCAAAUGGGCCCCUUCAAUCAGACGUUUGCCACUAACAACAACGGUUUAACUCCGGAACUCGAAGGUAAUGAAUCUCGCCCUGAGGAGGCCAAUUCUUCUCGUAGAACAAUCAAGCCUAGGAGACAACGGCAUCGUUCAAUUACCGUUGCGAUAAAACCGCACACUGAUGUUGAACCCUCGGCGAGAGACGUUGCUCCAGAAGUUGUGGUAGAGGAAACGCGCAGCCUCGAUGAAGGUCUGGCGGAUGACGAUGAAGGGCACUCCGUUAGUUCCGAACCCCAAAAAAGUGAACCACUAGGUUAUUUUGAAUCUUUGAGUUGGGCUAUGAAACCUCCUAUCUCUCCUAGGCGUGUAUUUACACAAGCAAUCAUUUCUUCUCGAAGCCGAAGCAGUAGCCGUCCGAAUUUACUAAUCGAUUACCCUUCAGUACUGAUUUCCUCUGAGCCGUCUGGUGUUCUCCCUUCACACACACCAAAGCCACGAAAACGAUAUCAGCCGCCGCUAACGGAACCCUUCAACACCAAGGGUGAUGAACCCAGUAGCACAAUGGACAGCAAAGUGGAUCUAUGGAGUCACAUUACCGACGGCCUUGAGUUUACUGAGCACCGAGUAGAGAGUGAAGGCGAUGGAGCACCAUCCUCGGAACUUUACCCCAAACCCACCGUCCGUUCGCGAGUAAAGAACACCCCUAGCACCCUUGUUCCGUUGAACGAACGAACAGUGGUAACAUGCGAUAGCUUGGAAUUUGAUUCUGUCGAAAAGAAUAACAGAAAAUCAUUCGUAUAUGAAACAAGACAACAACUUGUUUGCGAAGAACAUAGUUCUUUUGAAAUUUGCUUCGACCCGUUUCACUUUCUAGGACUUUCAUCCACUGCCAUAUACUACCUUAUUUAUCGUGCCCAAUAUUACUGCACAAUUCAAACAUUUGAGCCGACAAUGUCUCUUUCCCACACGUGUUAUCUUUCGGAACAGCCUGUCUGCACCGUUUUGUCGCCGGCAGAAAAUUCAUGGCCCUUUGAAUCGAUGAGACAACAUCAUUCCUUGGAUGAAUAUCUACCAGAUCAUGAAUUGUUCGAAGAAGAAGAAACUCAAUCGCUCUGCUGUGAUGAUAUUGGGAAUGACAGUUGUAUUCAGAUUCAGGCACCUGCUGUCUAUGAACCAGAACAGCUACAACCGACAGAUUACAAUCGAUGCCCCGGCACCAAGCGUUUACCGCACUUCAAAGACUCCACAUCAGAACGCACUGGUGGGCGAGAAUGGUCACACCAAACCUCAACUAUCUCAACACAAGUAAGCGAGGAAGAACUCGUGCGACAGUUGCGAGCUCUGUGUGCACAGGCUAACCGACGAGCAACGGAAUUGAUUGCAAUCACUGUAGAUGAACCGGAAUUUCUCUCCGCUUCCUGUGAUCAGCUGCGUACGUUCUUGGGCCAGUUGGAAGCAUACAACUUUCGCGUUCACACCCUCAGCUCACUGAAUAGCGCCCGAUCGGCCGCAGAUGAAAAACCCUUGAUCAGCGGUGAAUGGACCAGGACUUUGAAAGCAACCAGAACAUGGCUUUGUGAACUUCAAAAGGCUUUUGCUACAUCCAAGGGUCUUGAGCAGUUGAUCUCCGAGUUUCAACAGCACAUGAAGGAGACUGAACUCAGCGUGCACCCUACUCGAUAUAGUUCAACUUCGACGACUUCUUUGGCACGGGGAUUUGAUCAUGAACGGGAGCACAUACGGAACAAGUUCAACCGACGCGAAGAAGGUCUACCCCAUGUUCCAACAACCGUUCGACUUCUCCGGGUCAUUCGGUUUCGCUUAUCCGAGUGGCUUGCACAUUUCAACUUGCUACUGCUUACUCCCGAAACACUAGAAGUGCUGCCAGCUAUUGCUGCCCUAAACCCUUUGCCUCAAACGGAUGAGAUGAUAGGAUCGCAACUGGUCUGUUUACGAUCGUGUUUUGGCGGUUUGCUGGAUGACGCUGAACGUCUCCUCGCCCAAUGGAGUGUCCGUUGUCGGCAGCAUCUCGGGGUUGGUAGAAACAAAGAACGAGAACAAGAGCUAACACCAACAGUAUUUUCUACCCCUCGACGGACUGGUUGUGAUUCGCUCGAUACCUCGUUUGAACGACCUUUGGCCAGCGAAGUUCGUCAUCGAUAUGUCAGCACGGCUGGCUCCACCCAACUGUUUCACAGAGGUGAUCCCGACUCAAUGAUGACCUCGGAUACAGAUGAUAAUAUCGAAGAACUGGUUUCCGUCACAUCUAGGUCUAGUGUUUCACCCGUCUCCGACGCGUCGGAAGAUCUGAUCAAUCUCGAACAAGCCACCGACACGUCCUGGGCUUCCGAACUGACACCAACGCGCAGUCUGGCUCGGUCCGAUCACACUCUACGCGGGAUGAGUCGGGGACAAAACAUCUACAGUCGACAUUCAACACCCCUACUCCGAAUAGAACCAAUACCAACGACUAGACUGGUUCCUUCGGGCAUGUCACGUGAACCAGUUAGCCUGGACGACUUCAGAAAUGAACAAGUGGUAGAUAAACCAGAUGAUGAAGAACAAUGUAGUACUUUGAGCACCUUGAAAGAGUCAUCAGAUGUCUGUGCCCCGGCUACUUUUGAACCAAGUGAACCCGUCCACAGUCUUGUACCAUCAACUCAAUCUAUCAACGAUCCAGAGAAAGUGCAACAACCCAGAUUCCUGCCACUGAUACAAUUUAUCAAGUCCACGGCGAUUUUUCGUAGAUCUGUUGAACUUUUAGCAACUUUCUCAAGGACAGUUAUAUCAGAAAAUAGGUUCGAUCCUCAUCAACCAGGUCAGUAUGAUACUAAUUUCAACCAUUCUCCAAAUUUCACACGGUCGUUUGGAGAAUCUAUUCCCGAGCCACCCGGUUACUAUGUCCAACCAAUGGAAGAUAAAUUCUUUCGUUUGCAGCUCACAAGCAGCAAAAACGUCCACCGUUUUCGCUUUAUUCCUCCCCGAUUACAGAACUUUUCCCUGAUUAUCCUAUUGACACUACUACUUUUAUUCGCCCUGCCUUUGUUCUGCUACUGGUUGCAUGUGGUACCUUAUUUUGGUUCCGACUGUGUCUACACAUCCCCUUGGUCUGGUGGCCCAGCUUCAGUAGUUUCAGGUCACGCAUUUGCUAAGUCGUGGCCUAAUAAUGCGCCGCCAAGCUGAAACCAUCCACUGCGCUUUCUCACCUGACACCACUUAUCUGUAUGUAUCCAUCCACCCUCGUCUAUUCUGCAAAAUCACUGAACUCUAAAACCACGAACGAGCAUUCCAUUGUCAAAUAGCCCUUCCCUAACCAUAGUAUUCACGUGCUAAUACAGCGAGAUGAGCAGCUGUAUACACGUGACAACAGCCAUCGUAUACAGAAAAAUAUUUUGUCCGUAU